CAGUUCCGUUUCCGGUUUGCCUCCCGAGCCAUGGCGACCGCAAGGGGACUGAGAUUCCUACUGACAUUAGGCAGAUGGCGCCGCAGCCUUGGAGUAGUUCUUCAGUCCCGAGCGCUCGCCUUCCUAGUGCCCGGCGUGACCCAGAUAGAUAACAGAUCCGAUUUUCUGGGGAAGAAGCCCCAUCGUAAGCACCCCGGCAUCCUGCAGCUUCCGCACGUGCGUCUGCCGCAGGCGCUGACUGACACCGCGCGGGUACUACUGGUUGAGAGCGCAAUGCCCAAUGUAGAGAUGCAGGUGCAAGCACUGACCAAUUAUCUCUGGAGCCGACAUUUGCCUGUAGAACCAGAAGAGUUGCAAAGACGGGCCAUACGUCUUGAGAAAAAAUUCUCAGAAAACCAAGACUUAUCUCAGACAGAGGAGAAACUUCGUGGAGCAGUGCUACAUGCCCUGCGCAAAACUACUUACCAUUGGCAAGAACUGAGCUACAAUGAGGAACUGAGCCUGGUGUAUAUGGCAGCAAGACUGGAUGGUGGCUUUGCAGCAGUCUUCAGAGCAUUCCAUGAGAUCCAGACUCGAAUUCCAGAGUUUAAGCCACAAACCUUGAUGGACUUUGGCUCUGGUACUGGUUCUGUCACCUGGGCUGCUCAUAGUACUUGGGGCCAGAGCCUUCGUGAAUAUAUGUGUGUGGAUACCUCAGCUGCCAUGUUGCAUUUGGCAGAAAAGCUACUGAAAGGUGGUUCAGAAACAGGAGAGCCUUAUGUUCCAGGUGUCUUUUUCAGACAGUUUCUACCUGUGUCACCCAAGGUACAAUUCGAUGUGGUAGUAUCGGCCUUUGCCCUAAGUGAGCUGCCCAGUAAGGCUGACCGUACUGAGGUGGUUCAAACUUUGUGGCGUAAGACAAGCCAUUUUCUGGUAUUGGUGGAGAAUGGAACAAAAGCUGGGCACCGCCUUCUCAUGGAUGCCAGGGACCUGGUCCUUAAGGGAAAAGAGAAGUUACCUUCAGAUCCUCGGCCUGGUUUUGUCUUUGCCCCAUGUCCCCAUGAACUUCCUUGUCCUCAGCUGACAGCCUCUAAGCCCCUGGCCUGUAGCUUCUCCCAAGCUUACCAUCCCAUUCCCUUCAGCUGGAACAGGAAGCCAAAGGAAGAAAAGUUCUCUAUGUUGAUCCUUGCCCGGGGGUCUCCAGAGGAGGUUAAUUGCUGGCCACGAAUCACUCAACCUAUCCUUAAACGGCCUCGCCAUGUGCAUUGUCACCUGUGCUGUCCAGAUGGGCAUAUGCAGCAUGCUGUCAUCACAGCCCGCCGACAUGGCAGGGAUUUGUAUCGUUGUGCCCGUGUCAGUUCCUGGGGAGAUCUUUUACCUGUGAUCACUCCAUCUGAAUUUCCUCUCUCCCCUGCUCAAGAUCCCCCUGAGAAUUCCAUAACAGUUGACAAGGAUAUGUAACUACUGUUUUCUUCCAUCAUACCUGCCACGCCUGAAGCUACCUGGUAUCCAGGAAGAGAAUGCCAGUACACCUGCAUUUCUGCAUUUGCUUGAAGUUUUAAUAAUAAUAAUAAAUUUUUAAAGAAUGAUAGUGGAUUUUGUGAUU